AUGCAAGAAGCAUAUAUUCAACUUAUGAGAGCUCACAAAGAUUACAUCGAUACUUUUGAAAAAUUAUAUAAACUGAACACAAGUAAUGAAGAAGAAAUGAACAAUAUAUAUCAAAUGAUUAAAAAAAAUUUGAUUGAAACUAAGAUGUUUUUACCACAAUACAUAAUCAAACAAAUAUGCAUGCUAAUGACAUAUAGAAGUAGAUAUUGGAACUCUUAUAAAGUAAUUUUCAAAAAGAUUUACGAAGAGUACAAUUUAAAGCAGAUAAAAAACAUAUUUACUUCAUCAGAUGAUAAUCAUCUUAAAGAGCUUUACGUUUUACUAAUUGAAAAUUUUACUUUAGAAAUACAUGAAGAAAACACAAUUUACAAAGCAAUUAUGAAUUAUGACAAAGAAUCAUUUAUUGCACUCACUGAACAAGCAAACUUUGAUGAAAACCAAAUUCUAAAAAAUAUAUUUUAUCCUUCAUACACCUUAUAUACUCUGCUUGAAUUAUGUUGCUUUCAUGGAGCUGUUAAUUGUUUUAAGUUAUUAAGGACAAAAUUUGAUUCAAAAAUUACUCCGAUAUGUCUUAAGUAUUCAUUUCGCAGCGGAAAUCCAGACAUCAUCAACGAGUGUAUGAAAGUGCAUGCUCUGAAUCAUACAAUUAUGGAAUAUGCGAUUUUAUCUCAUAACAUCGACUUUGUCUCUUUUUUAAAUAACGAACAUAAAAUAGCAUUUAAUUUAGAUUAUUGCUGGAAGUACAAUAAUCUUCAAGUGUUUUUAAUGUAUUUGGAUAUGAGUCAUGAUAUCAAUUAUUGCUUUUGCAUUUCACCAUAUUUUAAAAUACCUUCAUUAUGCCAAUAUCUUAUUUCACUUGGAGCAAAUAUCAACGAAAAAGAUUAUUUUGGAAAGACUGUACUAAUGCAUCCUGCAAUAGCUAAUUCAAAAAACAUAGCUAAGCUUUUAAUAUCUCAUGGAGCUAACAUCGAUGAAAAACGUGAUAGAACAGCUUUACAUUAUGCCAUAGAGAAUAACAGCCAAGAUUGA